CAGCGUAUACAUUCGAUCAGUGCUUCGUCGUCGUUUGAUUUAAAGCUGGGCUUUUUAGUGCGAAGUAAGUAGACAUGGCAGUCUUUGCGAAGCUGUCAAGUUGGAGCAGAACUACUGUGCUGAAAAUCAGAACUUUUCCCGCGCUGGCGACCGGUUUGGUGGUAGUAGUAGUAGCAUGCUGUUAGCUUAUGCAUCCGCAGAUUGCCUUGAUGACUUUAAGCGACUGCGCACCCAGAUCUGCGCGAAAGACUCUGCUUCCUCCUGUCUUAACAUUCAAGAGUCCGUGUGCUGGAAUGACUCGUCGUCGUUGCGACGCAACAAGCGGGACUGGCCUCGUUCGAUGUUGCGCCGCUGUACCAGUGCUGAUUCCCGGCUUUUUCGCGAAAAUUCGCGGACCAAGCGAUCCAAGUUUUCCAACUGGCUGACGAACUUCGUGCUGAAGCGCAUCAAAGCCUAUUGUUCCGACCGAUGGGAUAGCGAUCAACUGAUGGAACGGGAAACUUCGAAGUUGCCCUUUUCCGGUAGCGAACCAGUGAUCGCUGGCCGACUCGACGCUCGUCCGCCAAUCGAUCAGCAGGCGAAAGCGGCGUCUAACGAAGAACUGAGAGCCGUGCAGCUAGACUUGCGGGAUCUUCGGGCACCCAGCCAAGUUCACCAACAGCUGUUGGCUCGUUACUCCUCUGAUUUGAAGAAAGGAACGUUAUCGACUUCUCCGGGAGUGCCGAUCGAUGCUCUGACAUUGCCUCAGAUGACAUUGCUCAAGAAAUUCUGUGCAUAUAAAUUGGCCGGAAUUAUGGAGAAGUACUCGCAACCCGUUAGACACUUUGGCUGGGACUUCUGGAUCCAGCGUCUGAUCGGUCGUAUGUCUUGCCAGAACCAGAAAACAUAUGACGGUAAGUUGUUACCAUUUUGGAAUGCUCUGUCCUUGUGGACGUGGACCUAUGACUUUUCAGAGCGUGCUAUUUUCGAUGUUCCCCUAAGCGUCCUCGUACAACGAACUGGUCAGCCGAUACCGCAAUGCAUUCUGCAGUCGAUGGAAUACCUGAAGAGCGAAGCUUGCGACGUGGUUGGCAUUUUCCGCAAGUCGGGUACUUGCUCUCGGGUGCAGAAGCUAAGACAGCUGUGCGAAUCAGCUACAGGUACACAGAUAACUACCUAA